AUGCUCGUCUCUAUGUUGCCCAUCCUAUUGGGCUGGAUGCCCAUACUAGGUUCCGCUGGAGCGCUGGCACCCAUGAACAGCAUGAACAGUGCCCUGCGGACUAGGAACGGACCAGGAAUGACAGAUGCGGACACUUUGAAUGCAUUGGGGCGAGCUUUCCAUGUCGCCAGAUCUCAGAACAGUGUUUACAAAAUGAAUCAGACAUCACUCUCAAAGGCCUGGGAAGGAGCAACUCUGUUUACCCUUGGAGAGAACAAUGCGGAAUACGGAGACAGCUCGACGAACUACAAUCCAACCAUAUCUAUUAUCUGUUCGACCUGUUACCUUAAUGGAUCGGUCACUGGUGGUCUAACACUUACGGGGGACACCAACUUCACUCAAGCAGUCGAUAAUAUCAAGAGCGAGGCCUCUAGUACCGUCAGUAACAUGACUGACCAACUAGAGACCUAUGUUAAAAAGGUAUUUUCAGACGUCGCAAGUCUGGACAUUAGCGACAUUGAAAAUGAUAUCACGGCCUGGCCGACACUAGAUGUCGACGUCAACCUGGACGAUAGUAGUAUUUCGGGUGCUAAAGUAUCCUUGGAUUUCAAUGACCUUGAGAUGUAUCUGGAUCUCGACAUACAGUUAGCCACAGGCGCGGCUUAUACACUGAACAUCUACACAUCCGAGAGUCCGGUAGGAAUUUCAGUUCCAGGGGUUGAGCUAGGAGUCUUGUUCAGUGUGGACUUGAUUCUGAUUGCCGAGGCCCAAAUCGAUAUUGGAAGCGGCAUUCAUAUCAAACUCGAUGACGGAGUUUCCUUUGAGCUGGAAAUGUUCAAUACAGAUUUAUCGAGUGUCACACUGCCUGGUGCAUCUUACGAGGUAUUACCCGUCACCCUUUCAGGCGAAGGGGGUUCUCUUCAGGCUGUACUGAGUCUCAAAGCGAGCGUGGGGGCGGAUAUGUCCGUUGAUGAAGACUUUUUGCCGAAAUUCAGUGCCGGUAUCGUGGCUGAUAUCUUCGCCUAUAUUGCGGACUUUGUGACCACAGUCAGCCACAUUGAGGACGCCAAGAGUGGUGACUGUGAACUGGAGGCAGCGGUGGAAUAUACCCUGGCAGUUGGAGCAGCGGCUGGUGCCACGGUGGCUGUCGGUACAUAUGCUUGGGGUCCGGCGCCUAGCACAACUGUUCCUGUCUGGCAUACGACUCUUGCUAGUACCUGUGCAAAGACCAAGUCGGCAUCGACCAUAUCGAGUGCCUCUAUCGGAUCGACUGCAUCAUCUGCCAUCACCGCUCGCGCGGAAUUCAUCGAAAGAGAGAACUCUGAAAAGAGCGUGACAACAACAACUGUGACCUCGGUCGAGUCCUAUACAAUUGUCAAUUGUAUUACUUCAGGCGUAGUAUAUUGCCCUGUUCGCUACCAGAAUACUUCAUCUUACGAAACCACCGUGACAUCGACGGUCACCGUCACAUCAGGUUCGAGCGCAACAAUGCCAGCAAGUACCUUUGUCUCCGUCACCAGUGCCAUUCCAUUCGGAGAAGAGGUGAAAAGGAUGUUCUCAACAUCUGGAGCACCGAAAUCCUAUGACCCCAGCUCAGCCACUGGAGGGAGUAGCAUUCUCAAUGGUUCCACGAAUGGUACAAGUAACAAAGUUAUCAUCGGUCUCUGCGUGGGGCUUGGAGUCCCCUUCCUCGCAGCUGUCAUCUUCACGUUCAUUUUCUUUAUGCGCAAACACAAGUACGAUUCUGUCUCUCAGCAGCCACAGGUUUCCGACCUAGAUCAGUCUUCAUCCGUACCAUCUGACUCUUCCAACACACCGGUCAAAGUGAAAGAACUGGUUAGGAAGCCAGGAGGAGGAAGAUACGAUGACUACUGA